GCAAAGGACACAUUUUAAUGUCCCAGUCAUUAAGGAACGCAAAAAUGCAGCUUCUCAGCUUUUUCGUUUUGACAAUGAUGGUCGCAAAGAGCAGUCAACUACAAUUAAGUGACUGUGGGUUGAAUUUAAGACGCCCAGCAUACACUGAUAUCUCAGUAACUUGCGGCACCAAAUCUAUUGGUCUGGCUAUCCUCAUCUGCCCUGCCAUUUACACUGGUUACAACGAGUCCCUGCUUAUCCUCAACAACAUCAUGAAUGACCCAGCCUGCAAGGGAACCGUGGAUAGAAAUGUGACUCCACCGGUCUUGAGGUUUGAAUUAACCCUCAACACGACCAAUUCUUGUGGCAGCCUCUUCAGGACAACCAGCGCUCCAGGCACAGGGAUAUUUUCUGACUUCUCCAACAUCCAGACAGUCAACAUCAGUGGUGUGGUCCGAUCAUAUGAUCCCACCACAGGGACAGUCACUUACAACACUGAGUUGAAGUAUUAUUACUCCUGUGCCUAUCCCCUAGAGUACCUGAUCAACAACACCCUAAUUGAUGUGUCGGCAUCCUCCAUUGCAGUGAAGGACAACAAUGGUAGUUUCAUCAGCACUUUGAGACUUGAACUCUUCAGUGAUGUCAACUACACUACUCCCAUGGUCAUUCCGAAACUGGGUCUUGAGCUGAGAACCAAAGUCUAUGCGCAAGUUAAGGCCACCAACCUGACCUCCCAGUACAAUGUGCUCCUGGACCGAUGCUACGCCUCCAUUUCUCCUCUACCCACUAACUCCACUUUCUUCAACCUGUUUGUCCCUUGCAACAAGGAGCAGAUGACCACCAUGCAUGAGAACGGGAAUAGUCAUAAUGCCCGCUUCUCCUUCCCAGCCUUCCGCUUCAUCGAGCAGCAGAAUGAGACCGUUUCCACCUACUUCCUCCACUGCAUCACCCGUCUCUGUGAGAAGAGCACCUGCAGUACCUUCAUGCAAUGUAACAAAAGGAGGAGAAGGAGUGUUGUUCCUGCUCCCGAAGUUGGAGUGACAGAGUACAAAACCCUCACCUCCCCUCCCAUUACCACUAAAGCAGAGAGCAUUGUAGCUUCAAAAGAACAACUCAUGGGCAGCAACAACUCUAACUCCACUUCAGGUCUUGCGGUGACAGUGGGCUUCCUGGCCUUCGCCUGCAUCAUCGCCAUUGUGAUAGCAGCGGUCUUCUACAAGAGGCUCAACCAUUAAAGAGGAGACUGCUCUGCUUGUACCAGCUCACAGUAGUGCUUCUGUCUGCUUGUCUCACAACUCCGGUAGAGGACUGACUUAUUCAGAUUGGUUUACUUUUGGCCAAGAGCAGAAACUUUGUUUUGUAGAUGUACUUUAAAAUAAUCUGCCAGACAUCAGCAAUUAUUUUGUGUACAUACACUGUAAAUAAAUCCUGUUGUUUUUAUAGUAACUUACUGGCAGUCAGUUUACAGUAAUGUACUUUUAAACCAAAGUUUCUUUGGAAUUUACUGUACCAUACUGUACCUUAUUUUACAGUAAUUUACAGGUAACUAGCAAAAACUUCAGGAUUUUUUUUUACAGUGUACUUAAAACAUUUAGAGAAAAUUUCUAUUUUGGAAUAGUUGAUGUGAAGGGACUGACAGUUUAUCCCAUGCAUAGCUCGUUUAUUAGUGCUUAAGUUUUGCAAAUGCAUACAUGCGCUUUAUAAUUAAAAAAAAGUUAAAGAAACAAAAUAGUAGUAUGUAGAUAGGAUAACAGAAUGCAUAAAUCCCUUGAUAAGAUCUGGAGAACAAGGUGUUUUAAUGAUUUUAGAACAAUGCCAUCUCAGAAAAGUAUAAUCCUGAAAUUAAUUGUCUGUCACAAAAUGUUAAAAUGUAUUCAGAGAACAGACUUUGUGUGGAGUAUUUCUAAAGUGAACUAACAGUACCCUUCAAAGUAUUGUUUUUGUUAUUUAUUCAAUUGAUCUAACUUCUUUAUCCUAAUAAAAAUAUUGCCACC